AUGAGUGAUUUACAAAGCGACUUUACAGUUACUGGAAUUGGACUCAUGGAGAAAUUAAGUCUAGGGUCCAAGCGACCGAAAGGCCCCUCUCACUGGGGGCACAGCAGUGAUGCGGACAGUGUUGACACUGGCCACGCCGAGUACUUGACUCGCCUGACUUCGCUCAGAGAUUCUUUGAUCAAACAAGAGCAGCUGUAUUUAGCCAGAGCCAUUGACAGACUACGCAUGCAAUCCGUGUCAAACAAAAGUAGCUCCAACAGACUGCGGAGUAAUCUGCCAGACGUGAAAAAGUCCACCCCUUCUGCCCCUAGAGCCAGCAUGAUGACUACAGUGGAAAAGUUUCGACAAAUGAGGCCACGGGCUCCAAAACCAGAGAUCCACCCCCUUGUGGGUAAGCAGUUACUGGUUGGACAUGUAACAGCAACGUCAUCAAGCGUUGAUCUCUUAGUCUGCCCUGAAGUAGAUCCAGAUGACGCAGCUACUCGUAGAACAUCACAGACCACACUGUCUAAG